AUGGGUGAUUUUACUAUUGCAGGCGACACUGAUUCUGAGGACAAUUUGGCAAAUAUACAACAAUACGAUAAUCUACGUCGAGACUUAGAUGGAUAUAAUCGUCCUUAUAAUCUCACAGAUGGCCAUUUACCGAUUCGUGACGCCAGCGUUCAAUCUUUAUCAUCAGGCGAAACAGGACAAAAGACAUGUUGGCUACUGGCUGAAAUUUAUCCGUGUCAUGUUGGUACAGGUCAACCUACAUCGACGAAUCGCGACUUAGCAAAGAAAAUUCGAGCUCGUGGUAAACAAGGCGACGAUUGUGGUCAUAUCAUUGCUUGUUCAUUAGGUGGGAAAAUGGUCGAUUUCAAUCUAUUUCCUCAGAAUAGAGAUAUCAACCGAGGUUGGAAAGACAUGAGUCGGCAUUGGAGAACAGGAGUUGAGCGUGCGAUCGAGAUAUGGCUGAUGAAUCCUUCGCUUAUUCAACCUCGAGUUGAAUUUCAAAUCCGCUUUUACUAUGACGAUAAAAAAUAUCCUGAUAGGCCUGAUCAUGGAAAGUUUUUGGUAAGAUUCAUGUGCAGUGGUAAAAAAGAAAAUAAUAAUGCUGGAAAAGAGGUUUCAGUGGAGUCAUAUACUAUAUUGAAAGGUGUGUUGAUGAAUAUAAUGAACAAUGAACCAGACUCAGAUUCUUCGACUAGCUAUAAACAGAUUACUCCUGCACAAGCUGCCUCGUUUCAUCGAUUAAGUAUUGAGCAAUUUAAAGAUUUCGUUACAACACUACUCCAAGAAUACAUACACGAUGGACAACAGCAUCAAUCUCAAGGAUUACCGACCGCUUCGUCGACAUUUCAUGUUCAACCUCGUCUACUCAAAUUCAAGUAA